AUGGCUCGGAAGAAUGAUUCCAUCCUUCCCCACCUGCAUCGAAAGAUGAUUUCGUAUGACAGCCCAAGAGAAAAGCGGCUUGAGGCUUUGCCCUGCAUGAAGGAUGCUCACCAUAUCAUCAUUUACAUUGACGCCUAUGCAGUAAUGGCAGAAUUGAGUAAUAUCGUAAUUGCAAUUGCGGCGGUAUUAGUGGUAACUUUAAGCCUGAGGCAUAAGUCCGAAAAGCGGAUUUACCACAGUGUUCCAUCGGAUCGCUUCAUCCUUGAAAAGGACUGCAUCAUUCAGCAUUUGGCGGGGCAAUCAGAAGCCUAG